UCUCUUUUUUCUUUUUUUUUCUUCUUUUCUUUUCUUUCUUCCCUCUUCUAAAUUAACUAUUCCCCAUUUUCCAUUAUUCGUUCUUCCUCCUACUCAUUCAUUCAUUCAUUCUCCUCUCCUGCCUGCCAUCUCAUCUCCUCCCCCACCUCCUCUCUUAUUUACAUUCUGAAAAAUCGCCAGGCAGAGAGAGAGAGAGAGAGAGAGAGAGCGAGCUCAAAUCAUCCCCAUUUCCCCCUCUCUCUUAUAUAUCCCCUCCCCCACUUUAAUUUCUCAACCCCAAAAAUGCCUCUUCUGCUUUGAAGAGAGAAAACAGAGAGAGAGAGAGAGAGACAAGAAAAAGGAGCAGAAGAAACCAAUCCAGAGCUACCAAGCGGAAAACAAUGGCGACUUCUCCUUCCCACGCUGGCCCUGAGAAGAAGCACUGGUGGCUCACCAAUCGAAAGAUCGUGGACAAGUAUGUUAAGGAUGCGAGGAGCUUGAUUGCGAGCCAAGAGCAGGGCGAUGUCGCAUCCGCAUUGAACCUGCUGGACUCGGCGCUCUCGCUCUCGCCGCGAUUCGAGCCAGCGCUGGAGCUGAAGGCGAGAUCCUUGCUCUACCUCAGGCGAUUCAAAGAUGUUGCUGAUUUGCUACAGGACUAUAUCCCCAGCUACAAAAUCGCAGCCGACGAAUCUUCUUCUUCCUCCUCCUCUUCUUCUUCUUCUUCGUCUACAUCUUCCUCCGAUAGUUCGUCCCAGCAGCUCUCCAGAGAGCGGACGAAGCUCCUCACUCAUUCGGAGAAUUCCUCAUCGGAUCUGCCCGGCGAUCGGGAUCCGAGCUUCAAGUGCUUCUCCGUCUCCGAUUUGAAGAAGAAGGUCAUGGCGGGGCUCUGUAAAAACUGCGACAAGGAAGGGCAAUGGAGGUAUUUGGUAUUGGGCCAAGCCUGCUGCCAUUUGGGCCUAAUGGAGGACGCGAUGGUCCUUCUCCAAACCGGGAAACGCCUCUCCACCGUCGCAUUCCGGCGCCAGAGCAUCUCAUGGUCCGACGACAGCUUCUCCCUCCCCAACUUCCCCUGCGACUCCACGGCCCCGCCGACUCCGCCGCGGUCCCUGGCCGAAUCGGACAACAAAAUCACUCACCUCCUCUCCCACAUCAAGCUCCUCCUCCGCCGUCGCGCUGCCGCCAUCGCCGCUCUCGACGCCGGUCUCUACGCCGAAGCCAUCCGCCACUUCUCCAAGAUCGUUGACGGCCGGCGGGGAGCGCCGCAGGGAUUCCUCGCCGAGUGCUACAUGCACAGAGCCUUCGCCUACAAAUCCUGUGGCCGAAUCGCCGAGGCGAUCGCCGAUUGCAACAAGACUCUGGCACUCGAUCCGUCCUCGAUUCAGGCUCUGGAGACAAGAGCCUCGCUCCUCGAGACCAUCCGCUGCCUGCCGGACUGCCUACACGAUCUGGAGCACAUGAAGCUGCUGUACAAUUCGAUCCUUCGUGACCGGAAGCUCCCCGGCCCGGCGUGGAAGCGGCAGAACGUGAGGUACAGGGAGAUUCCGGGGAAGCUCUGCGCGCUGAGCACCAAAAUUCAGGGGCUGAAACAGAGAGUCGCCGCCGGUGAGAUCGGGAACGUGGAUUACUACUCCUUGAUCGGAUUGAGGAGGGGAUGCUCGAGAUCCGAGCUGGAGCGAGCUCAUUUGCUGCUCUGCUUGAGGCACAAGCCAGAUAAGGCGACGAAUUUCGUGGAUCGGUGCGAGAUCGCCGACGAGCGCGAUCUCGAUUCGAUCAAGGAUCGAGCGAAAAUGUCCGCGCUGUUGCUCUACAGAUUGAUACAGAGGGGUCACUCUAGCCUGAUGAAGAACAUUCUGGAUGAGGAGGCUGCCGAGAAGCAGAGGAAGAAAGAUGCCGCCGCGGCGGCGGCAGCAAUGCAGGUUCAAUCCGCGGCCGAGGCAGCUGCCGCGGCCGCGGAUUGUCAGGCUGCGACGUCGUCCGGGAGCGUGGAUCCGGCGGUGUUCCAAGGAGUGUUCUGCCGGGACCUGGCGGUGGUCGGAAGCCUGCUGUCCCAAGUCGGGUUUAACCGCCCGAUUCCGGUCAAAUACGAGGCGCUGAGCUGCUGAUUUGGAUUAGGAGAAGUGGGAAAUGGGAAUCUCUGGUUCAUAUUUUUGUGCAAAAAAAAAAAAAAUUAUAAGUUAGCAGCAGCAUUGCAGCAAAAUACAUUAUUACAGUGUUGUUCUUUUCACCGCCGGGGAAAUUUUGUCGAUCAUCACCACGUUCUCGCGUUAUCUCUUCUUUUUUUCUAUCUAUCUUUAUUGAUGCACUGCUACUGCUGCUACUGCUCGAGGAAUCCUUAUCACCUCUACUGCGCUGCUUCAAUUAUUAUUGUGUACAGAAUCUUUCGCUUUCUACACUACAGUACCCCUAUUUUUUGCCCCUC